GUUAUAAAAAUAUUUAUUCAAUAUAAAACGAAAUUUUCCAUAUCUGGGUAGGGCUUAAAUUGCUUCUUUUUUUAUUUUUCUUCCUUUUUUGGCCUUGAUCCUCAACUACCAAAAAAAUACAACCAAACCCAUCUAAAAUCAGGGAUCCGAUUAAGCCCUAACACAAUUAGGCUUAACAAAUUAACCUAUAUAUACUCCCUAUCAUAGAAACCAAAUUUACUUAGUAGCUUUUUCAAAGAAUUAGGGCACAAAAAAAAAUAAAAAAUCACCUUGUUCAUCAAUGGCAACAACUCGAUUAACAGGGAUUGUUUCCCGUUUUAGUAACCAAAAAGGUUACGGUUUCAUUAAACCUGAUAAUGGAAGUGAAGAUGAUGUAUUUGUUCAUCAAUCUGAGAUUAAAUCUGAUGGUUUUCGUUCAUUAUAUGAAGGUCAAAAAGUUGAGUUUACUGUAACUGGUAACGGUGAUAAGUAUCAGGCCGUUGAUGUUACCGGUCCUAACGGUGAAUCUCUUGACGGUAACGUUGGUGCUAGGGUUAGGGUUAGGGUUAGUGGGAAUGGGAGUAAGUGUUAUAAUUGUGGGAGGAUUGGACACGUGGCUAGGGAUUGUGAUGGUGAUCGUAAUGGUGGUGGUGGUGGGGCGUGUUAUACGUGUGGGAUGACGGGGCAUAUAGCUAGGGAUUGUGAUCGUAGUGGUGGUGGUGAUCGUAAAAGUAAUGGUGGUGGUGCGUGUUACACGUGUGGAGUGACGGGUCAUAUAGCUAGGGAAUGUGAUCGUGAUCGUAUUGGUGGUGAUCGUAAUGUUGGGGGUGGUGGUCCGUGUUAUACUUGUGGGAUGACGGGGCAUAUAGCUAGGGAAUGUGAUCGUGAUCGUAUUGGUGGUGAUCGUAAUGUUGGGGGUGGUGGUGCGUGUUAUACUUGUGGGAUGACGGGGCAUAUAGCUAGGGAAUGUGAUCGUGAUCGUAUUAGUGGUGUUGUUGGUGGUGAUCGUAAUGUUGGGGGUGUUGGGGGUGGUGGGUGUUAUACUUGUGGGAUGACAGGGCAUAUAGCUAGGGAUUGUGACCGUAUUGGUGGUGUUGUUGGUGAUCGUAAUGCUGGUGGUGGUGGUUGUUAUAAUUGUGGUGGGUUUGGGCACAUGGCUCGAGAUUGUCCAAGUGAGAGACGUGGUGGUGGUGGUGGUAAUGAGGGUUGUUAUAAUUGUGGAUUGCCGGGGCACUUGGCAAGGGACUGUUCACGCGAGAGUGGUGGUGGUGGCAAUUUUGGGAGAUUCGGUGGUGGUGGUGACAGGUUUGGAAGAUCUGGUGGUGCUGGUAGUGGCAAGUGUUACAACUGUGGAGAAGGUGGCCAUUUUGCUAGGGAAUGCACUAGUCCAGCUGUGAAGUGAGAAAGUCUUAUUAUUUAGGAGUAUUUUAAUAUGGACAAUUUGAUGUGUGUUUUUUUUUUUUUAGUCCUUUUAUAUUCCUACAUAACAUGGAUUGGUAGCUUUUAGGAUAAGACUAAUUAGUUGUUGAGAUUUUGCUACAAACUGUUCCUGUGAUGGAAAGUUUUGAUUUUUUUGGUUGGUUAUACAAAUAUAUAUAUAAUGAGUUUGGCCCGUUUUUGCUA